AUGCUUCCUCAAUCAAAGGGCGUGUCACUGGUGUCAGAGCUGAAAAUAACCCCAGAGGACAGGAACUUCACAGCUGCCUCAGAGUUAUCAGAAGCAGCUGGCAUGGCCAUCACUCCUGGAGAAAGCUCAGUGUCAUCAACCUCGGCAGCCACUGAUCCCUACUUUGCAGGUGUUGGUACGUUAAAAAUAGAGUUUGAUCAGGGAUGUUUUGUGGCACCAUCGAAGGUCAGCUGAUUUUGAGCCAGCUUUCACAGACUUUACUCCAGAGGUUCAGAAAUGUGCGAUGGCAGAAACUGUUGCCACCUGUGACAUUUGUGUCAACUACCUCUGUUGGAACCGAAUCAUAAAGCCUCAUAAAGAGGAUAUCAAGCAGAAAUUGGGAUUAUUUGGACAUGUCUAAGAUACAGUUAGUUAUUGAUAGUAACUCUCCAGAUUACUGAGGCAAGUUUCCAGACUUCUGAAAAUGUAUCCAUGUCGGAGCAUUUACAUGGUUACAAAGUCCCGUCAACACUGGACAAGUAUUAAAAAAAUCAAAAUUAAAGGGAAAUUCUGGUGUAAAAUUAAUUACUGCAGUGGGGUGACGUGGCUCAAGGAAGAACAUUUAUGAUCAUUACUUUAUCAUUUCCUUGAAGUAAUCAUUAUAGUAAUCAUUGUGCACUGCAGACGUGGUAGUUCUUCUGCCUUAACGUCUUGGUCUGACUGCAUUUCCAUGAAGAAAUGAUCAUAAAUGUUCUUCCUUGGUGAUGGACUAGUCAGAGGUCUCCCUAUAAACAAGAGGUUGCUUGAGGAGAGUGGGUGAGUUGUGUUUAGUCACUUUGCUAAAGAAAUCAGGCAAAGUUAAGAAGAUGUUUGGUGGGUAGUACUAUAGCUGGAACCCUAUGUGUACUGUUGAUUAAGUUAGGCGCUGUUCCGAGCAUUAUUUGCGGCUAUAGAGUGGCUUUUUGGUUGAGGUUUGUGUAUGGCUCCCAUAGUCUGUAUAAAGAAUGGACAGAGUAUGCCUCCUCUCUGGGUGAAGCCACUCCGAGAACAGCACCCUCUGUUGAUAGGCUGCAGUAUAGCUUAUGGAGCUGUGCACAAACUUUAGAAAUUUAUUACACAGAACAUACAUUUUUUCCUCCCUGCUUGCGACGUUGACAUGUAGUUACAGUAAGACUAGUUUGUGCUCAAGUCCUCUUUUUUCUGUAAAGCGCCGUUUUCAGAAGUUAUUAGGGGGUUCAUGUUUGCUAUGAUUAACACCUGAUACAGCCUUUGGGUGUUCAGGGAUUGCGUAGCUCACCCGGGGGAUACGCUGUUUGAGCCGAGCGUCAUCACAGCGACUCUUGGUGACUGCGCGGCCAAAUGCGUGCAUCACUACUGCGCAGUGCUGGUUUCAGGAAAAUCCCGGAAAUACAGAGCUUUUUGGCUUCUUCGUAUACAGGCGGAAGGCGGAACCAAUUUGUCCAUAGUAUAUGCAGUCUAUGGUGGCUCCUCAGACCGCUAUGUAUUGCUAUCGUGCGGUCUUUACUAAAGUUCGUAUAACUAGAACAGCAAGCAGUCGGCAACAUUCAUCUCUCGAGGGGGUGUCUAACUCAGUGUUACGGUGUGUUUGACCCCAAAUUAAUUUAACGCCAGAAUAUCCCUUAAACUUAAAAUUGCAGACAAUCAAGUUGUUACUCAUAAAUUGUAAUUUUAAACAGACAAAAUGGCUACAACACCACUAGCUUUCUUAGUUCACCAUUAUUUACUAUUAUUCAGCUGAAGCACUUGGCCCCAGGUCCUGGCACCUUCCUUCUACCAUAUAGGGUUAUAAUUGUGUCUCAAAUUUGUUGUGUGGCCUGGGCAUUACACGCUUUCUGUAAGUCAACUAUGUGAAAUUUACCGCCAGGUUAAGUAGAGGUGAAAACAGUUCAGUUCAAUGGAAGCUUCCCAGCUGUCACACAGGCAGGCUGUGUGUGAGUGUGAAAGGGACAGACAGAGUGUAAGCAUGCUCAGACAGACAUUGAUGAGGGUCUAAACGUCAAUGUAAAAGUCUGGCCUUCAACCUGAAGGAUGCCGCUGGCAUUUGUUCUGACACACACACUUACACACACAGCACGCACGUGUGCACACACACACACACACAAUGGCCCUCAUUUAUCAAGCUUGCGUACGGCAGAAAACUUGCGUACACCUUGCGUGCGAAAAUUUAGAUGUGAGGAUCGGCAUUUAUCAAUCUGCACGUGAGCGUACGCUACAACCAAAUCUCACGACAGGUCCGACAUCCUGUACACAAGUUUGAGUCAGUGUGGAUCUGCGGUGCAGCAAAUGUCUGUCUCAAAAUCAUUGAUAUACAAACCUUAAACCUGUCAUUAAGCACAGUCAGCCAGAUUUCAUUAAAGAUUUAAAAAUAAAUAAAAUAAAAUAGCCUAUCUGAUAACUCUGCCCAGAAACACUGCCACAGAGCAGGAGUGCCGUUUUAACAUUGCACACACGCGCCACUGUGGAGCGCUGCGUUUGACUCCUAAAAGCAAGGUGUCUCCGUCUUGGUCCAGCAGCGGGGACGUUGUUGUGCACUCCUGAAAGGGUGUGGGACAUCAUUUGGGCCAGUUCAGUUUUGCAAAAUGUUGCGCUGGCGAAUGGAGUGCCGCUGGCUGUGCCGGUGAAACGUGAGGACCCGAUGCCCGGAGAACAAUAACAAGGAGAGACUCCACAAAGGUGCUGUACAGAGGAGACAGGACCUUAUCGAUGGAUUCUGAUGUAAAAUAUAAGUUUAGAAAGUGCUCUUGCUAUUUAAUCAGUGAUAAAAAUCCAAUAGAAAUCCAUAAAAAUGUGCCUCAGGGGCAGCAACACACCGUUUGGUGAGGUUAAUAAUUAUUUUUGUUCAGCCUCUGUCAGACUCCCCAGUCUGCUCUACAUUACAAAGACACAACAAUUUAAAACUAAAUUCCUUUAAUAAUAGGAGCAACGUACCCUAUGUCAUUGCAAUAAAAAAUAUGAGGCAUGUAUGAGAUAUUAAUUUAUCAUCAUGAGCAACUUAUUGACUAAUGAUUUGUUCAAACUACAGCCACUGACCACUAUUCGGCAGCAGCGCUGUUCACCGCCUCCAUAGUCCUGCUCCAGACAGGAGUUUCCUGGACUGCUUUUAUAUCAGUUUUGAUGCUUCCAAAGAGAAAAUCCUUGUUAGUUUCCACCACAGAUGUGAGGAUAUCCACUUUCAGCUCGGUAAAGUUUCGAAUCUUUCUAAUAUUUCUCCUCUUUCAUGUUUGACCUCAGUGGGCGAGGCUUCUGAACCACAAAUAUUUAAGGGCGUAAACAUGUUAAUGACGAUUGAUUUCAGCCGCCGCAUUUAUCAAGACCCCAGGAUACGUUCUCAAUGUUUAAUGCACAUAAUCUUGUUACAUGAGUCUCACUUGAACAUGUUCUGCAUUUACUUACCCGGGGCCCUAAAAUUGAGCCUUUCUUUUAAGACUUAUUUGAAGGAGUGGGUUAAAUGGGUUGCAAGGACAUUUAACAAGAGGCAAAGAGAUGGAGUUGAGACUGAGCUUUAGCCUCCUCGUUCCUAGCUAUAUUGUGCCCCCCAGUCAGUCACCUCAGCCAUGUCCCUGGUUGUGCACAGCUCAUAACCUUAAUAUCUUGAUGAGUUAUAAAAAGAAAAAGAGGCCACACCACAUACAAUAUGCUUGUCAAGAAAUUAGCCACCUAGACUGAAACUGUGUUUUAAAACAGGCUGUGAAGAUGUCUAUUUUUGCUGUAAAGAUGUUUUUUGAUAGGUGUGUAUGUUGCUACUGUGGCUUAUGCAGUCAAUCUCGGGUGGAUAUUUGAAGAACUCCAGUUUUUUAGCACCAACACAAUGCCUUUAUUUCUUUAGUUUCUUCUCAAGUAAAUCCUGAUCCAUCUGUGAGAAACUGCAUUUGAGGGUGUUGCUAAAGAGAGUUGGGCAUCUUUGUUACACUUGCUCUCAUAACACUCACAAAAAAAUAAAUAAAUAAAUAAAAAAUAUUUACACAGCUGAGCAUAUCAAUAGUUCUAAAAUCAGGUAUGCAUACUCAGAAUCUUGUCAGUAUUCUUACACAAACAACUGUUUAUAUUAACACAAGGGUGGACAGUAAGGUAUUGCCAGUGAUGGUGAUAAAACAUCUAAUAUUAUGUCAAUGUUGUUAAAGUCUCCAGCUGCUUUAUCUGAAUGAAUUUUUAUCAUGUAAGCAGUUGUGUAAUGGAGCUCUAUGAAGAAGAACUAAUUUAAAGAGGUCUAAGAAGAGCUAGGACUGUUUAUUUAGUUAAACACAUAGACUGUAUAUAGAGAGUCUGCCUCCUUGCUGGGUGGAAGCCACUCCGAGAACAGCACCCUCUGUUGAUGGGCUGCAGUAUAGGUCAUAAAUCCCGCCUCCACCAGCAAAGCUUAUGGGGCUGUGGACAAACUUUAUAAAUCUAUCACACAUAACAUCAUUUUUUCUCCCCCCUGCUUGUGAUGUUGACAUGUAGUUACAGUAAGACUGGUUUGUGCUCAAGUCCUCUUUUUUCUGUGAAGCUCCGUUUUUAAAAGUUAUUAGGGGGUUCAUGUUUGCUAUGAUUGACACCUGAUACAGCCUAUGGGCGUUCGGGGAUUAUUUAGCUCUCCCGGGGGGAUACGCUGUUUGAGCUGAGCGUCAUCACAGCGACUCUCGGUGACUGCGCGGCCAAAUGCGCGCAUCGCUACUGUUAAGUGCUGGUCUUAGGAAAUGAAGAAAAAUCCCGGAAAUACUGAGAGCUAUUUGGGGCGGAAGGCGGAACCAAGUUGUCCAUAGUAUAUACAGUCUAUGGUUACACAUGAUGUCUUAAUGGUUUGUACUUGGAGUCUGUGUGUUCACAAGUUUUUUUCCAACCAAAAUUGAUCUUAUUAGACUGGUUACAACUGUAUUCGUGUGCAUGAUUCUAACAUAUGUUUACGUAACACAUAAGUGGUGCAGCUUGUUAAAUCAAAGUUACUUUAAUUUUAUGUUUUUUUUUAUGAAACAUAAAACAGUGAAACAAUGGAAUUUUGACUCGGGAAAAUAUGAAAAACCUGAAAAGUACUGGAGUCGCCUAGAUGUAGCAAGUUAAUUUCUUUUUUAUCGCUAAAUCACAAAACACAUAAUGAUAGUGUUCUCAUAUGGGUAUGAUUCUGUGUCUUUUUUCAUGAAUGUUUGAUGUUUAAAACCCUUUAAGAUCAAAAUCUGACUCUACUUUUGGAUACUUACAUACACUGUAAAAUCCAAUAGCUACCCUGACUUACAAAUCCUUAGUAAACUUUACUAGGUCAUCAAAAAUAUGCACUUCUUACUGGCAUUUGAGAAGUAACAGUUACUUUCAUGGUGAAAAACACAAAAUACUCAGUGUUUAGAGUCAAGAUUACUUUAUUUAGAGUUAUUCUCACUCACAACAAUAAGUAGCCAGCACAGUCUCGUUGUUUAGAGUGAAGAUUACUUUGUUUAGAGCUGUGCUCACUCACAACAAUAAGUAGCCAGCAGUGUCACUCCGACUGCGCAUUCAAAGAAGAAGAAGAAGUGAGCAUGCGCAGUACCAACGGUCAGUCUCCUGCUCCGCGAGUAGCGACACAGCUCACGGCCGGGACACAGAAGUUUUCCGCCGUCGGUUCUUCAUUGUAGGAAAAUAAUAAGGUAAGUAAACACGCAAGUUUAUCUUUUAAAAUGUUUUACUUGAUGCUACGACUGUUAGCGUUCGCUAGCUAACGCUAGCGUUAGUUAGCUAACCAGCCUAUCGGGGCAUUCAAAGAGGCAGCGGUGCAGCCACACAGUUUAACGUCAAGUUCUCCUUGGUUCCUAACACAGAGAAGCCACCCACUCUCUCCCGCACAAAGUCUGAUCAUUUAUGUCAAACAUUUAACAAAACAAACGCUCCCUUCAGAGCGCAUAACAUGAAUGAAACGCUCACUGGUAUAAGUUAGGCUUUCUCACAAAGCAGAGAAAUGAAGGAAAAGCUGACGAAGAAGAAGUAGAGAGAUUUUCAUCCGAUGUACAUGUGAGCAUUUUAUCUAAAUCCCUCCUAAAUGGCUCAGCAUCCUCCGUGAGCGUCAUGACGUGGAUAGGGACAGGGAUGAUAUCACUUUGUGUGAUUUUAUAAUUCAAACGGUGUCUUUAUAGCUCAUGUGAAUGGUUCAAAAGUGAACACAAAUAGGGAUGCACGAUAUUUAUCGGAGCGAUAGAAUAUCGGCCGAUUUGGGGGAAAAUUACGUCAUUUUUUAUCGGUCCGAUAGGUUCAUUUUUCUGAUAGAAAGAGCCGAUAUAUUAAUGAAAUUACGAGUAACGUUUGCAGGCGGAGUAGCCGCCCGUCGCGCCUUACUCGCAGGUCCCAAGCCUGACCAUUAACGACAAAGUGAUGGAGUUCAUAGCGGUCGACCAACAGCCUUUUUCCGUCGUUGAGAACCCGGAUUUUCGUAAGUUCAUAGCACACUUGGAGCCACGUUACACUCUCCCAAGCCGCCGCUUCUUCUCGGAUGUGUCCCUUCCUGCACUCUAUGAUAUUGUCGCCACAUACAUUCACAACCUGAUCGACAACAACGGACUACACGUGAGUUUUACCACAGACAUAUGGACGUCAGAUGUUAGUCCGGUCAGCAUGCUAAUCCUAACGUCUCAUAAUAGCUCCUUUACAGUCUACAGUUCUGUUGAACAGUUCAGGGGAUGCACUGUUUUGGUCAAAUGAAGUUCUGCUUUUUGCUCUGUUAUUGUUAUUUAUAGCUAAUGACCACAUAUUUUUGUGAUGACAUGGAAAAAAUAAACAUUUGAAGAGCCAAAAACUUUAGUUUGUUGUUCUAGAUAGGCCAGAGCAACAAAAAUAUCAGUUUUCAAUCACUGCAUCCUGCACAAACUGCAGAUUAUAUGAAGAUUAUAAUAAAUGUAAAAAUAUGAAUUUAUCAGUUAUCGGUAUCGGUAUCGGUCAUGAGAAGAAGAAAAUUAUCGGUUAUCGGUAUCGGUUGAAAUUUUUCAUAUCGUGCAUCACUAAACACAAAUAAUAAAAAAUGAAGAGUCAGACGUUUCAUGAAUCAAAACAACUUUCUUCAGCAGUACAGCAACUGCUGUCACUCACUCUCUUUUUCUCUAAAUGAUUAAUUCAUGCCAUAUUGUUAGCCUGAGUUUUAAGUAAGAUACUUCCCUUAUUAGUUGGUUUAUAUGGCCUAUUGCUGUCUUAAUUUUGUGCCCUUGCUCACCUGUGUUUUUUUAUUGCAGUGUUUUUCUAUUAUGUUCAGCACACGGGGUAUAGAAAUUUGUGAUAUAAAUUGAAACUGAUGAGCAAUAACGAAAUAAUAAACAAUUCUUUUAACCAAAAUUAUUAGGAAAUGAUACCCCCAGGUUGAAUUUGCCUGAAAUUGUGCUUUACUAUCAAAAACAUGUUACCAUAAUACCUGUUUGAAGCAUGCACAUAUUAAGGAAUGUGUCAGUAAUCUACAAACCAUGAUAUCAGUGGAACUUCUUGUAACUUCAGUAUUCUUUGUCUUUUUAGAACAAGUGCUCAGAGCUACAGAAGAAUUGCUCAAUGCAGGCCCAGUAAACUGGAGGUGAGAUGCCAGCAGCUUAUAUUCUGGAGGAGAUUUAAUCUUUAAUAAUAAUAAUGCAUCAGAUUUUAUAGCGCUUUUUGUCAGUGACCUUAAAGUGCUUCACAUUGGAUACAUCAUUCAUUCACUCUCAUAGUCACAUCUUUGGUAGUGUACUCUUAUUUGUUUUUUCCUGUGGUUACCCCAGACAUCCAUUGUUUGGAAAAAGUGCUCCAGGAUUGCUCAGAGGGCUAAAACAGUUUUUGACUAGGUGCUGCUUAAAUAUAUUAAAUUUAGAGACUACUAAAAUCUCUUUUGAAAAUAUUUCUUGCAGAUGCAUUGGAAAUGUAAGCAGUGCCUCUUUUCUGCAGACAAAAGAGCACAAUUGUUGAAACACUGUCGCCUAAAACAUGGCUGUUUUACCCGGCAACAACCAAUACCAUGUCUUCAUAUGGAUUGCUUGUGUGUUUUUAAAUCUUUUAAUGCACUCAAAGUUCAUUUAUCUGUUUGGCAUUCUCAAUCAGACAUCGGACAAGCAAGUAAACCCACAAUUGCGUUUCAUUGCCAGUUAUGUGAAUUUAUGGAGCCCUGCACUGAAGAUGAGUUUUUCAAACAUUUACGCAGCCAUCUAAAAGUUAAACAAAUAGUUCUGUGUCCAUAUGAAGGCUGCAAUUUUCAGAGCAGUGUAUAUGCAACAUUUAAUGCACAUAAAAGUAGAGUACACAGUGGGAGUGCUACUUCACAGUUUAAAACUGGAGUAAUGUCAAACAUUGAAGGUCCAGAUCAGCUGACUGAAGUAGAGAAAGAAAUCCCUUUACAAAAUGACAUCGAGGACGAGUUUGAGUCUGUAGAGGACAUACAGGACUUGGAAAACCAACUGGAACGUAACCUGGCUUCACUUUUUUUUGAAAAUGCAAGCAAUCUUGCACAUAUCUGAAAGUGCUGCACAAGAAGUAAUUCAGCAGAUAAACCAGAUUCAUUUACUUUCGCAGCCAUUACUACAAAGUGCGGUCCAGAGGAUUAUCAGUCAACAUUGUGGAGAUGUGGAUAAUUCCAUAGUGAGUGAGAUUUUAGGUGUAGUUUCACAAAGUAAUGUCUUGCUGAAGUACACAAAUGAAGGAGGUUCCCUAUCAACAGCUGCCAGGAGAGCAUCUUAUAUACUGCGAGAAUUUCCAGUUGUAAUGCCAGUUGAGUUUCUUCUUGACAGAGAGAGUCAGUCUGUUGCAUAUGUCCCUAUACUGAAAAUGCUACAGGCUUUGUUAAGUAAUAAGGAUAUUUUGGACAAGGUGCUGUGUGGAGAGAAGAAUUCAUCAGAAGGAUACCACUCAUUUAGAGAUGGCUCUCAUUUCUAAGAAAAUGUUCUCUUGAACGUGGAAGAAUUCAGGAUUGCUCUUGGGCUAUAUAUCGACGAUUUUGAAGUGGCUAAUCCACUGGGAACUUCAAAGAAAAAACACAAACUAUGUGCCAUAUAUUGGGUACUUGUUAAUCUUGACUCCAAAUAUCGAUCAGCUCUUCACUCCAUCCAACUAGCACUUUUGUGCAAAGUCAGCGCUGUGAGAGAGCAUGGCUAUUCAGAGGUCCUUCAUCCACUCCUUAAGGAUCUUGCAACUCUUGAGGAACAUGGUGUUUAUGUCGAACAACUAGCUGAAAGUGUCAGAGGCACUGUAUUGUAUGUAGCAGCAGACAACCUGGGGGCUCACUCUCUGGCAGGAUUCCAGGAGAGCUUUUCAGCAGAUCUCUUUUGUCGGUUUUGUCUCUGUAAGCGAGAUGGCAUACAGGAUAAGGAGGUCCGAUCAGGUCUUCACCAGCCAAGGACAAGAGAGAACCAUGAUUCACAUGUACAAGAGGUUCUACGUGACCGUAAUACAGCCAGACAUCAUGGUGUUAAAAGAGUGUGUCCAUUAAAUGAAAACCUGACACACUUCCAUGUGGUGGAUGGUUUCCCACCUGACAUUCUGCAUGACUUUUUGGAGGGCAUAAUCCCAGCAGAACUGUCACUAUGUCUGAGGGAUUUGAUUACCAAGAAGUAUGUUUCUUUAGACUCCUUGAAUAAGGCUAUAAGGCAGUUUCCUUAUACAUUUUCUGAUAAAGCUGACCAACCACAGGUCAUUCCAAAGACCUUCAUCUCUAAGGGAACUAUUGGCGGAAAUGGCCAUGAAAAUUGGUCUCUCCUGAGACUGCUUCCAUUGAUGAUAGGCCACAAUAUUCCUGAGGGGGAGCAAGCAUGGGAGAUUUUGAUGCUUCUUAAAGAUAUCCUGGAGUUGGUUGUGUCGUCACACUUGAGUUAAUCCACAAAAUCUCAGAACAUAGAGGGUUGCUGCAGGAAACCUUUCCGAACUACAAACUUCGUCCAAAACAUCAUUUCAUUGAACACUACCCUCAAAUGAUUAAAAUCUUCGGCCCACUAGUAGAUGUGUGGACGAUGCGUUUUGAGGGGAAACAUAAAUUUUUUAAAAAGGUGGUGCAUGACACUCGCAACUUCAAGAAUGUGGCACAUACCUUGGCUGUGAGACACCAGAAGAUGAUGGCCUUUCAUUUAGACUCCUCAACAUUCUUCAAGCCUCCUUUGGAAAUUGAUCAAGUGAGGUCAAUUUUGGUCACAUCUUUCCCUGGCGAUGUUCAGAGUCUGCUAUAUCAGCGAAAUGCCAAGCAAAGUACAGUGCUAGUUGCAUCCUCUGCUCAUGUUCACGGUGUUAAAUACAGCACAGAUAUGAUCAUUUCAGUUGGCAGUUGCGCAGGUCUCCCUGAGUUCAGGAAAAUAACACACGUUGUUGUCAUCAACACAGAAAUCCUGUUUGUCUGCAGGCUUUUGUCUGCGUGGUAUGUUGAACAUUUACGGGCUUACGAGUUGUGCCCCAGUGGUGCAGGUUCUCUCACUGUCACCCAGUUAUCUGAGCUGAAUGACGUUUUCCCCUUAUCCUCCUACCAAGUGAAAGGCAACGUGUAUGUGACACUUAAGCGUCACAUAUCAUGCUGAAUGACAGUAUGUGGACUAUAAAGUUGUGUUCAUUUUUUUCCAGGACCAUGGAACACUACAAACUGAGAGUCAUCAUAACGGACCAUGACAUACAGAAAGUGUCACUAGAUGGAAAACCAGAAAUGAUUGAAGAACUAAAGAUCAAAAUCAAGGAAAAAUGCAAGCUGCAGUAUGACUUCAGUCUCAUGUAUGAAGAUCCUGACUUGUGCCUCAGAUGA